AUGGCUACUACAGAGUUCACGUCCAAAGAUGUCGCCGCCCACAGAGAGGCAGAUGACUGUUUCAUGGUGAUCCAAGGAAAGGUCUAUGAUGUAACGAAAUACGUUCACGACCACCCAGGUGGUGCUGAUAUCCUGGUAGAGGCCGGCGGCAGUGACGCGACAGAAGCCUUUGACAAUGCCGGACAUAGUGAAGAUGCCUUCGAGAUCAUGGAGAGGUACCAAAUCGGUAUCCUCAAGGGAGCUGGCAAGAAAUCUGCACCGAAGCCUGUCAAAGUCGUGGCUGCGACGCCCAAGCCCAAAGCGCAGAAGUCAAGUGCUGUACCAAAGGCGCUUGGUGCUGUCGUGGUAGCUGUCGGCGCAGUUGGUCUUUACUUUGCUCCUCAAAUCGGCGGUGGACAUGCAAUCAGCGCAUUCCCAUCCGCCAUCAUUCCCAAGGCAAGCUGGCUUAAAGUCGGCGGUCCCAAGGGUCAAAGGUUCGGAUUCUUCGAGGGGGUCCUAGUAGCCUCCGCAGCCGUUGCCAUUGCCGGUACCGUUGCGGCCAAGAAGGCCAUGAAGCUUCUGGACUUUCACGGAGAUCCGUUCAAGUACCCUUCCCAUCUCAAGAUGCCCAAGCCAGUCAAGUCGGAAAUUCUCUUACAACGAGGCUGGUUGCACCCCACCGACUAUCAGACACUCCCUCUGGUCGAGAAGACACUGCUUGCACCCAACACAUACAAGUUCGUAUUCGAGCUGCCUACAUCGCAGGAAAUCUUGGGUCUGCCGAUUGGUCAGCAUGUCUCCAUUGCAGCGCAAAUCGACGGCAAGACGGUCCAGCGAUCAUACACCCCUGUAUCGAACAAUGCCGACAAGGGUAUCCUCGAGCUAGUCAUCAAGUGCUACCCUGACGGUCAGCUCACCGGCCGCUACCUUGCCAACCUCGAAGUUGGCGAUGAGGUCAGGUUCAGAGGACCCAAGGGCGCCAUGCGAUACCGCCCUGGUCUUUGCAAGAAGAUCGGUAUGCUCGCUGGUGGUACUGGCAUCACGCCCAUGUACCAACUCAUCCGUGCCAUCUGCGAGGAUGACCGCGACCUUACCGAAGUCAGCCUCAUCUACGCCAACAGGAGCGAAGCUGACAUCCUUCUGAGGGAGCAGCUCGAGACCAUGGCACGCAAGUACCCCAAGAACUUCAAGCUCUAUUAUCUGCUUGACAAUCCUCCUGCCGACUGGCAAUUCGGCUCCGGAUACGUCACUAAGGAGCUGAUGGCCGAGAAGUUCCCUUCGCCUAGCCCAGAUGCCAAGGUUCUCCUCUGCGGGCCUCCUGGUAUGGUGGCAGCGGCCAAGAAGUCCCUUGUCGAUCUUGGUUACGAGAAGCCGGCUGCCAUGUCAAAGAUGACUGAUGCAGUUUUCUCUUUCUAA